CGGCCUCACGUAGGAGAUAAACUAUGACGUCUGGUGAGGAUGAUUUCAGAGGGACAACAGUUAUGAUUCAGGCCGCCUGUCGUUGACUUUCACCUGCUGAAGGACCAGCGGGGCCGCUCGCGCCGGUUGACGGUUGAUGAGACGAAGCGACAGGUCCCCGCCAUGCCCGUCUCUCUGCUGUGGGCGGUGGACGUCUACGGGCGGGUCUACAGCCUGUCCACGGCGGGGCAGGUGUGGGAGCAGUGCCGCGACGCCCACAUGGAGUUCAAGCGGGUGACGGCGGCCCAGCGGUGCUGCUGGGGCAUCGCCUGCGACAACGGCGUCUACCUGAACGUCCGCGCCUCCGACCUGCCGGUCCGCUACCGGGAGGAGGCCUACGAGAAUCAGCGGUGGAACCCCGUGGACGGUUUCUCGGAGCGCUUGCUGCCGAGCGAUCGCUGGCAGUGGAGCGACGUCACGGGCCUGCAGCACCGACCUCUGGACGGCUUCCGGCUUCCCUCCGCCAGCUGGGAGUGGGAGGCCGACUGGCACGCCGACGAAAACCUUGACGGGGAGCCCACGGAGAAGGGGGGAUGGACCUACGCCAUCGACUUUCCCGCCACCUACACCAAAGACAAGAAGUGGAACUCCUGCGUGCGACGCAAGCGAUGGCUCCGCUACAGGAGAUACAAUGUCAUGGACACCUGGGCGAAGAUCCCCUCACAGCCGGCAACGCUUCCAGACCCCUUCAGCGACAUCAGCUGUGGAGGCUGGGAAAUCAGUGACGAGCCCAUGGGCCGGAUGUCCCUGUGGGCUGUGUCUCUGCAGGGCAAGGUGUGGUUCAGAGAGGGAAUCGACCACCACAACCCGGAGGGCUCCUGGUGGGAGGAGAUGACUCUCCCCGGGGAGGUGGUGCAGAUCAGCUGUGGCCCGGGGGAUCUGGUCUGGGCGGUGCUGUGGGAGGGGCAGCUCAUUGUCCGGGAGGGCGUCAGCAGAGACUGCCCCAAAGGUACCUCCUGGGCGGUGGUGGACUCCCCCAGCCCUGAGGUGGGGGCCACACACGUCGCCGUGGGAGUCAACGUGGUCUGGGCUUUGACCAAGGACAACAAAGUGUGGUUCAGACGCGGCGUGAACUCCCACAACCCUAGUGGCUCCGGCUGGAUCAGCAUGGUCGGAGAAAUGAUGAUGAUCAACGUAGGACUCAACGAUCAGGUGUUCGCGGUCGGCCGUGAGGAUCGGGCGGUGUACUUCCGACAAGGUGUCACCUCCAGUGAGCUGAGCGGGAAAACCUGGAGGGCCGUCACGGUCCCCCGAGACGGAGACCGACCGCACUCCAGCGCCAGCAGCCUGCAGAGCGCCGGCUGUUACUUCUGCGGCGAGGUGCGUGCUCAGUCAGCAGUGAGUGACGUGGAAUCGGACGGAGAGAGAGGAUCCGCCGAUGGCUCCGGCCUCCCCCUCCCCCUCCUCCACGCCGCCGCCGCCGCUGUCUCCCCGGAGCCCUUAGCUGACGCCGCGACGGACCACUGCGACCGUCCCGUGGACCCCCCCGAAGCCCGCGUCCCCAAAGUCACCAGCGACAGCUUCAUCUCUGAACUCGUCUCGGACCGAGACCCUUCGGUCGCGGCUCUUCUGGAGGAGGACGACGACGACCACCCCGCCCCCGGCGGCGGCGACGACGCAGCCAUCUCCUCCAGCCGGUCCGGCGGGCUCGGCCAGUGGAGCAACGUGGAUCUGGAGGAGGCGCAGGGCCAGCGGGCGCAGGCCGCGGCGCUGGCGGACUCGGCGGACACCUGCAGCCUGUCGUCGGUGGCCACCUACACGCUGGCCGCGGAGGAGCAGUAUGGGUCGGACGAGCACCCCCUGUGGGCGUGGGUCAGUGGGGGCGGCUGCUCCGUGGACGGUCACUCCCAACUCGGCUGGUUCAGCUGCUCGACCAACGCUUCGUCCUUGGUCCAGUCCGUCCAGUCCAUGAGUCUCUCUGUCACUCCGGCCCAGACGGCAGCCUGGCGGAGACAAAUCUUUGAGCAACUUGGCGAGCGGACCAAGAGAGAGCUGGAUAAUUUCAGGCAUUACGAGCAAGCCGUAGAACAGUCUGUGUGGGUGAAGAAGGGAACCAUGCAGUGGUGGAGAGACUGGAAGCCACACAAGUGGACGGAUGUGCACUUUGCCCUGGAGCAGUUCUCCGGACCAGAGGGCAACAAGGACGGCAUCCUCUUCAUCUACUACAACUAUUAUGAGGAGAAGAAGUACCUGCAUGCCUUCAUCAAUGAGGUCACCAUCCUGGUUCCUGUGCUCAAUGACUCCAAACACUCGUUCGCCAUCUACACUCCAGAGCGGACCAAACAGAGGUGGCCCAUCCGGUUGGCUGCAGCCACAGAGCUGGAGAUGCAUGAUUGGCUGGCGUUGUUGAGUGACUCGUGCCUCAGCUCCAGGGGGAUCCAGGGUCCUCCCUCCAAACAGGCCAUGUGGUCCGUUACCUGUAAGGGAGACAUCUUUGUCAGCGAGCCCUCUCCUAGUCUGGAGGCCCUGCCUUACCCCACCCCCUGCGACCAGAUGUUCUGGCGGCAGGUCGGAGGUCACCUUCGCCUGGUGGAGAGCAACAGCGUUGGCAUCGUGUGGGGCAUCGGCUACGACCACACGGCCUGGGUGCACAGCGGGGGCGACGGAGGCGGCUUCUCACAGGGACUGGCCAGCAGCGCGGAUAACAUUUACACACAGGUGGAUGUCAAGAGCGUCCACAUCUACGAGAACCAGCGGUGGAACCCCGUCACCGGCUACACCAACAGAGGGCUCCCUACAGACCGCUACAUGUGGAGCGACGCGUCGGGGCUGCACGAGUGCACAAAAACCAACAUGAAGCCCCCCUCCCCUCAGUGGACCUGGGUGUCCGACUGGGCCGUCGACUACGGCGUCUCCGGGGGGACGGACCGAGAAGGCUGGCAAUAUGCAGCUGACUUUCCAGCGUCGUACCAUGGCUAUAAAACGCUAAAGGACUUUGUGCGCCGCCGGCGAUGGGCCAGGAAGAGCAAGCUGACCACAACAGGACCCUGGCAGGAAGUCCCGCCCAUAUCGCUGAUCGACGUGAGCCUGCUGCCCUGUGCGGCUCCGAGCAGCGUGGACCUGGUCCCCCUGUGGGCCAUCAGCAACAAGGGCGACGUGCUCUGCAGGCUGGGGGUCACCGCUCUGACCCCGGCUGGAUCCUCGUGGCUCCACGUGGGGACCGACCAGCCUUUCAAGUCCGUCUGCGUCGGGGGGGCCAGCCAGGUGUGGGCUAUCGCCAAGGACGGUUCUGCCUUCUACCGGGGGUCCGUCUCGCCACAGAGCCCCGCGGGAGACUGCUGGUACCACAUCCCCUCCCCGGCCAAACAGAAGCUGAAGCAGGUGUCUGUUGGGAGGACGUCGGUCUUCGCGGUCGAUGAAAAUGGUAACCUGUGGUACCGGCAGGGCGUGACCCCGAGCUACCCGCAGGGCUCCAGCUGGGAGCACAUCUCCAAUAACGUGCGUAAGGUCUCUGCAGGGCCUCUGGACCAGGUGUGGAUCAUCGCCGACAAGGUGCAGGGCAGCCUCAGCCUGAGCUGUGGCACCGUGUGCCAUCGACUCGGGGUCCAACCCGUGGAGCCCAAGGGACAGUCGUGGGACUACGGCAUCGGGGGUGGGUGGGACCACAUCACCGUGAGAGGAAACUCCAUGGAGCCGCCCCGCGUGCGUCGUCCCUCCCUGACGGCCCCCGCACUCGAUUCUCCUGCCUUUUAACUGGCAGCGCCGAUGACCCGACUCCGGAGGACCUUCAUCGCUGCGUGAGAGAGAAACUUUAAGAACAAUCCUAAACGUGAAAGACUAUUAACUUUCACGAAGCACUCUGUGCUUUUCUGUCUCGCUUAUUUUUGGUCACUAACGUUGAACUCGAUGGUCUUAAUAUUUUUCUUUAUUUAUUUGUGUGUGUGUGUGUGUGUGUGUGUGUGUGUGUGUGUGUGUGUGUGUGUGUGUGUGUGUGUGUGUGUGUGUGUGUGUGUGUGUGUGUGUGUGUGUGUGUGUGUGUGUGUGUGAGAGAGAAUGUGAAACCAUGGUUGGUGCAGCUGAUCUUACUUCAGGAGGUUUUGGGUGUUUCUGGGCUCAGUGUGUAAGCAGCUGUAGCGACACCUGCACCGGCUUUAUUUACCUGUGGUGGUUGCUGCUUGCCUUGUACAAACAGUCACUCCUGUUUUACAAGGGGUUUAAGGUUAUUUUCUAAUAUAUAUAUAUACUGUUGUUCUAGGUUCUCUCGAGUGUGUGCAGUGUAAAUAAGGGAGUCAUGUAGAUUACUUGUAAAAGUCUUGUGGUUGAAUCUUCCUCUUUCUCAGGAGAAUAUUUGCAUGUCUUCUUUCUGACAGUAAAAGAAUGACUGAGCAGUUAGAAAAGAAACCUAAGUCUGUAAGAUAUUAAUGUUAUACAAUCUGUAUAUUAGUUGCUACAAUGAUCAAAAUUCAGCGCUUCAGGCAUCCGUUGGUCUUUAGUGGUCUGGCUUUAUUUCCCCAUGUAUUAAUGUUACUGUAUAAUAAUGCAGCCUAUGGUGUGACUGACAUGCUGCUGUGAGUCCUCCUCUCACGUGUUGUGCAUUGUCAAAGCAACAGUCCUUGUCAAUAAAUAAAGAUGUUUAUUGAUAAUAAC